AUGGUCUUAACGUUAAGCUUCUAACAAAGAGAGCGAGAGACGAAACCUACACUGCUCUCUCUCUCUCUCUCUUUUUUUCUCCACAUUAUUAAUCUUAUUUAUUUAUUUAUUUAUUUAUAUCCAAAGCUCAAUGUGAACUUUUCUCAUCGGAAGGGUCACCUACCUGUUGUUUGCUAAUUAAUUCCUCACACGCUGUUGCCAUUUAUGUUUAUAUAUUUUCCUAUGUAUGUAUAUACAUAUAUAUAUACAUAUACAUAUAUACAUCGAUAACAUUAUAUAUCAGUGCUCUUUUAAACACUCCCUUUCAAUCUGUCUGUCGGUGUCGUCGAAGCCAGCGACACUUGGUCCCCUUUAUUCUGGAAAAUAACCCAAGACACUCUAUGACAUGUUUUCACCAGUUCACUAUUGAACUGCUAUACUCACAUAUUUACCUGUGUGCCGUCUCCGGAAAACAAACCUGUGAAAGAUGUCAAUGAUGGAGCAAGCUGCAGAUGGAGAUUUGAUGUCUUCUCUGACAACUUCCAAUUCUGAAGCAUCCGUGGAAGGGAAUUUUACAGAGAGUGAAAAAAGUAGUGCGAAAAAUAUGAACGAGACUUCGUCAGCUGGAGAUGCGGAUAAAGAGACAACUGCGAUGACCGAAGUUAUCGAUCCUCUCACUUGUACUGUUUGUAAAAAAUCUUUCAAUGAUUCUGCCCUCUUGCAAAAACACAUUAAAACACAUUCAGUAAAGAAACCCUUUGAGUGCGGCAUUUGCUCGAAAGCAUAUGCUAAGUUUUCACAAUUAAAGCUUCAUACAAGAUCACACACCGGCGAGAAACCGUACAAGUGUGACUAUUGCUGUAAAUGUUUUGCCUGCAGUUCAGAUUUGCGCAUCCAUACCAGAACGCACACGGGCGAAAAGCCGUACGAGUGUGGUUACUGCCAUCAAACUUUCUCGACCUCUACGAAUUUAAAAACUCAUAUUAGGCGGCACACGGGCGAAAGACCCUUUCAGUGUGACGUUUGUGGCAUUGCAUUUACAACCUCAUCUUCACUUAAGAUCCACACACGAAUUCACACAGGCGUGAAGCCAUUCACCUGUUCAAUCUGUCAGAAGAUGUUUUCCGACGGUUCCCAUCUACAGCGCCAUUUACGGACUCACACGUCGGAGAAACCUUUUCGUUGUGUCAUCUGCGAAAAGAGUUUCUCCACCAGCACACACCUGAAACACCACAUUUGGACUCAUACAGAUCAGAAACCGUUCAUGUGUGACAUGUGCGACAAAUCCUUCCCAGACAAUUUCCAGUUGAAGCGUCACAUUCAGACUCAUUCAAACGAGAGACCGUAUCAGUGUUCUGUCUGUCUGAAAUCCUUCUCCACCAGUACCAACCUCCGACGUCACGAGUGGACGCACACCACUGAGAGGCCGUAUAUAUGUGAUAUCUGUGGUAAAUCUUUCUCCACUAACUGUAAUUUGUUACGCCAUACUAAAAUACACUCUGACCAAAUUCUAUCAAAUAUUAAUGUGAAGCAAAGUUCCGCUGCUCUGAGCGAGGACAACAAAGAGACAGCUGAGGUGAAAGAGGAAGAAAAAGUCGAGUGUUCCAUUGAUUUGCCACCCACAGUUUCUGAAGAUGUUACAUCGGAUUCACAGGAUUUAUCUGCUGCAUUAACAGAAGACUCUCCACUGCUGAAAAUUUAUUAUUGGUAAACAUCAUGGUGAUUUUUUUUUUUUUUUUUUUUUGUAAAAUACUACCUGAAUCCAGCUCAUCAAAUUACACAGUGAAGUGCUCUGCCUAACCCCUCCAUCCCACCACAGUUGGUAUACUGUGCAAUAGAGAAUUAAACAGUUUGUAAUGGUCACAGAUCUAUACCAAGGUACUUCUGUUACAUCUCUGUUACUAAGAAUAUCCAUUGGUAUCCAACCUAACUUCUUGUGUUGUGCAACAAUGUUAUAUAACACUUUGUCACUUCUCUCUCUCU